AUGACAUCGGCGCCGGCCGACGCACUUGAGUUCCUCCGGCGGGCAACAACUCUCGCCGGUCUGCAGCAGGCAGCGAGCUGCCGCCGCACCACGCCACGCUGCUACAGGACCGCGCAUAGAAGACCUCCCGCGAUGAACGCGAACACCCAGGCGCUGCGGCGGCCGACGGAGCAGCGCCUCUAGGGACGACCAGAGACGACUUCGUUUUCGCGCGGUGGGCGCCCUGUGUGCGUGCGUGCGGAUUAUACAAUAAUUUGCCCCCCUUCCCCUUUUACACUCAGGCCCUCCUGUCUCGACGCGUCGGCUCCGUGACACCCAGUGGCUGACCUUGUUUUUCGGUUGUUUUUUCGUUUAUUUGUGUCGCAAUUUCGUCAUUUUUUCCGCGUAUCUGCGCGGCAUCCCCCACUACUCCGACGCUGUCUGUCUCGCUGGAUUUACUGUGCCUCCAGCCAACUUGCCACUCAUCCUGUGUGCGCCGAAACUGGAUACGCAAACUGAACGCGUGUGUGUGUGCGGCCUUUUAGAGUUCUGAACGAGAUCUGCGUGGCUCGCGACUGCAGCUUUGUUAUUUUUUUUUUUACGCCGAUAACGGGGGCAGGAUUGGUUGGCCACACUGUGUGCACUUCUAUUGGAGCUUCUAAUUUAUUUUGGAACUCGUGCUUUUGGACGUCGGCGUCUACAGUAUUGAUCUGACGUGAGAGCAGCGGCGGCAGCAGUGGCGGCGGCGGCGGCAGCGCGCCUGCAGUACCGCUCUUAACGGUGACUAUGACGUAACCGGGCCCAAACGGUGCUCCCCAGAUACCGACGGCCUCAUCUGAGGCGGCAAUGGCGGGCGACGACCAAGCGCGGCAGCGCACCACGAAUGGGUGCGGUGGCGGCGGCGGCGUCGACGACUCCAGCAAGCUCAAGAACGGCAACGGUCUCCUUCUGCCGCAGUCCAACGGCAGCAACCACCACAAAGGUCUCAAUGGUGGCCUUGACGCACUAAAUUGCAAAGUCCUGCAGCCUGUACAUCCUGAAGAGGACCCGGAUUCCAUAUGCGGCCUCUGGUUCUUCAAACCGAGAUGGCUGCAGCGGUUUGCGAACAAAAAGGCGUUCCUAGCUGUGUUCUGCCUGACAAGCGUGCUGCAGGGCAUGUACUACACGUACUUCGUAAGCGUGCUGACAACCAUCGAGAAGCUGUAUCAGAUCCCGAGCAAGACCACGGGCAUUAUCAUGUCGGCCACCGAGAUCGGCCAGAUCGGCGGCGCGCUACUCCUUACGUACUACGGGGGCCAGGGGCACCGGCCCAAGUGGAUUGCCUGCGGCAUGCUGGUGUUUGCCGUUGCCUCCAUCUUGUGUGCCACGCCGCACUUCAUCUUCAUUGACGACUCGCUCCUGGUGACAUCGCAAGCCAGGGUCCGAAGUUCCCAAAAUGCCACCAUUGACUCACAGCGGGCCAAGCUGUGUCAGGCGCUCGACCAUGCCGCGCCUGCCUCUCCACUGCCAGGCAACAUGAGCUCACCGUACAUCAUCGAUGGAGUGUUGGCGACAACAUCCAACCUCUUGAAUGAUGGCGAGGGAGCUGGUGGCCCUGUGGCAGACGCGUUGAGACAGACAGCUCCCAUUUGUGACGUCUCAACGCGGCCGCUCACCCAGAAUCGCAUCACGCAUGUGGUGCUUUCCGUGUUCUUCAUCAGCCUGCUCUUCAUCGGCAUUGGUGCCACAGCCGUCUACACGCUCGGCAUACCAUACAUUGAUGAUAAUGUCGCCAACCGAGAGUCUCCGCUCUAUUUUGGUAUCACGAUAGGUGUCAGGAUAUUUGGUCCUGUGUUCGGCUUCCUUCUUGGCUCUUAUUGUACGAGUGUCUAUGUCAACUUUCCAUUUGAGACGUCAAACCUGUCUCCCGGCAACCCGCAUUGGGUGGGCGCUUGGUGGCUUGGCGUGUUCAUCGUGGGCGCGGCACUCAUCGUUACGGCUCUGCCCAUGAUGGCGUUCCCGCGCAACCUGCCACAGCGGCGGUCCUCGCAACGGGUGCCACGGCCCGCCCUGGACCGCAACGGUGCCAUCUGCCCCAAGCACCAGCUCCAGCAGAAGGUGCCGCUCAUCAGCUCGCCGCCAGCAUCGCCGUCAGGGGCCAAAAAGGCCCUCAAAGACAAGCCGACGCUCAGAGACUUCCCCACAGCCAUUCGGCGCCUCCUGAAGAACGAGAUUCUGCUGUACCGCACGGCCAGCAGCGUCCUUCACAUCUUGCCAAUCGCCGGCCUCUACACUUUUCUCCCGAAGUACUUGGAAAGCCAGUUUCGGCUUACCGAGACCAAGGCCAACAUGAUCACGGGGUUUGCUGGUAUUCUCGUCAUGGGUGUGGGCAUUUUUGCCAGCGGGACGUUCAUGCGCAAGUACAAGCCGAACGCCCGCUUUGUUGCCAAAUGGAUAGCAUUCACUGCCCUGGCGUACUCCAUCGGCAUGGUCAUCCUUAUGUGGGUGGGCUGCCCUCUUGGAGACUACGUCGGCCUCAAUUCUGAACACAGGGACGUAGAUUUUCUACCUCCAGCAUGCAACAGCACCUCGUGCGAGUGCAAGUCUGGGCUUUUUUCCCCAGUGUGCCAUGAUAGUGUGACCUACUUGUCUCCGUGCUUGGCUGGCUGCUCACAAGUCUCCGGCAGUAAUCAGCAGCCAACAUUUAGCGACUGCCAUUGCACAGGAACCAACGAAACAAUUGUGAAUGGGUUCUGCUCUCUCGAAUGCAACACCCUUACUUGGUACAUUGUCAUCUUCUCAGUUUUCGUACUCAUACACUCAACGUCCGAAGUUGGGUCCAUGCUGCUGACUCUUAGGUGUGUAGAAUCACAUGACAAGGCCCUUGCAUUGGGAUUGAUCCAGUUUGCCAUUGGACUGUUUGGGAAUGUGCCUUGUCCCAUCAUCUACGGCGCAGUCGUCGACUCUGCCUGCCUCUUCUGGGAGGACAACUGCGGGGAGCCUGGGGCAUGCCGCGUCUACGACCCGGCCAAGUUUCGUAUGGUGUUCCACGGUGUCACUGCUGUCAUCAUGUUUGUCGCGUUCCUUGUGGAUGCUGUCGUUUGGUACAAGGCCAGCUCCAUCCACAUCCACGAAGAGGAAGAGGCCAAAGACGUCGCCGUUGUGGCGGCAGCAAACGACGUGGCUUCCUCGUCUCCGCAAGUCCCAACGGCGCACGCUGAAACCGAGUCGUGUGUGGAGGAUUCCCAGAGCGCCGGCUGCUCAUGGUACGGUGCUGGUGGCGGCGUGCUGCCGCGAUCCGCUUUGCGCCAGCGACCGCUGGGCAACUUCCUUCAGCGUCGGGCACCCACGGCCAGGGACGCGUUUCCGGAGACCGAGAUCAUGUUUCCGCUGCUGCCUGACAGUCGGAUGGACACCUGGAGUGGCCGUUACACUCUGGACAGCCCUCCGGACACCCUGCAGCGCCGUUCGGCCAACAGCCGGGCGCAGGGUCCCAGCAGCUCGGCAGCGCGCGGCAGGAUCCUCCGUGAUGGCGGCAGUGCCCGCCAGGCCAGUCAGCGGCUUUACGCGACGCGCGACGGUAGACCCGCCAGAAGCGUGUCCAGCGGGUUCUUCAAGCGGAUCUUUCGGGGAGCGCCGAGGAAGUACUCGGUGCCGCCCGAGCCGAAAGACACCUCCCCGGAGCUUAGCUUCAGCGAAGUGAUGAUGCGCUACCACCAGCAGUCGCCCGACUCUGGCAACUCUUUCGGCUCGGCCACUAAGAAGUCGACGUCGGAGCGCAAGACGAUGCCCGAAGUGGUUCCCGCAGCACCCCCACCGGCGCACAGGAAGAAGCGAUUCACCGCGCAUGAAAGAAAGAUGGUGUUCGUGAAGAUCCUACAGGACGCCCUCAGCAACCCCGACGCGUGUCCCAACAGCGCCCUGAUGGUGACGCCCGACGUGGAGAGUGGUUGGUUCCUGGUGUCCUACCACGUUUGGGUGAAACACGAUCACCAGCCGCUCAAGGACGCGGUGGCCGCCAAGCGCUUUCCCAAGCAGGGCGCCACCUACUUCGUGCACGGCGGCACGGGCAGAGCUCACAUGCAGCAGGAGGCAAACAACGGGGCGCCGGGGGCCCAACCACCCGUAGCCGAAGCGCUGCUCGUGGACAAGCAGGACAACGCAGACGGAGACGACGGGAAUGGCAACGUCGAAUGCGCCAUCGGCAAGUUCCGCGUGCCCCUGUUACGACGUCUGGUCACUCCGAGAUGCUUCCUGCUCCUCUUCUGCAUCCUGGGAAUCCUGCAGGGAGCCUACAGGACGUACUUCAUCGGCGUCCAGUCGACGGUGGAGCGGCGCUUCGCGAUUCCCUCCAAGGCGAUGGGUUUGGUCCUCACGGCCGAGAACAUCAGCCCCGUGCUGGCCGUCAUCGCCGGCUACUACAGCGGCGGCGAGAACUACAACCAACCGCUGUGGCUCGUGUUCGGCAUGCUAACGGUGGUGCUGAGCUGCGGCCUUUGCGUGCUGCCGCACUUCGUGUUCGGUCCGGGCCUCCCGCUGGCGUUGUCCCGCAUGGUCCAGCCCGGCCAGGAGACGGCCUCCGGACUCCUUCGUGGAGGCGGUGGCGUCACCUCGCUGUGCGGGCAGUCGAGGGACGACAAGGACUGCCUGUCCAACAUCAACCUGGAGGGUGACGUCACCAUCUUCAUCAUGUUCAUUGCCAACCUGCUGAACGGCUUCGGUUCGGCCACGUUUUACGUCAUCGGCAUGACAUUCAUGGACGACAACGUCAGAAGGAAAAAUUCGCCGAUGUAUUUUGGCACGAUGUUUGCGCUUCGCCUGUUUGGGCCUUCCAUGGGUUUCUUCUUGGCUUCUUAUUGCCUGUCCCACUACGAGAUACCUUACGUGGACCCGGGGAUAAUGAAGAAGGAUCCUCGCUGGAUCGGUGCUUGGUGGCUGGGCUACGCCUUCAUCGGUGUGCUGGUCAUCGUCUUCUCGAUGCCCAUGCUGCUUUUUCCCAGGAAGUUGUGGAAGAGCAGGAUGGCCGGCGUCGACCACAGGGUCAGCCUAGCCUCCGGCACGGCGACCGUUGACGCUGUAGAGCUUAAAGAAGUUGUGAAGAGACUUCUGUGCAGCCCGUUGUUCGUCUGUCACGCUGCGGCUCUCGUGUUCACCGUGAACGGGCUCAUGGGAUUCUUGCUUGCCACGCCCAAGUACAUGGAGACGCAGUACAGGCGCUCGGCAGCUACGGCCAGUCUUUUCUCAGGUUCGGCCUCCCUUGUAACCAUGCUGCUGGCAGUUUUGUUCAGCGGCGCAGUGGCGCGGAGGCUUAAGCCAGGCGCCGGCAUAGUGUCAGUCUACAUCUUGGUGGUCGACGUGCUACUGCUCGCCUGCUUCGCCUCCUCUCUGCUUCUUGGUUGCCAGCAGCUGAACAUGGCCGGAACGCCACUGCCCAAUGGCGAACUGAACCUAGUCAACGAGUGCAACUCCCGGUGUUCCUGUAGCACAGAUUUGUUCGAGCCCGUGUGUGGACCGGACGAGGAGACCAACUACUUCUCGCCUUGCUUCGCCGGAUGCCACAAUUUCAACGGAUCGGACAGCAAACAACUGCUGGACUGCCAGUGUCUGGUUGGACCAGAAAGCACCACCUACACGCACAAUGCGAGCGCGGGAUUCUGCUUCAAUGAGUGCACCAUGUUCGUGCCUUUCGUGGCAGUGCUUGGCUUGGCGAGGAUGGUCUUCGCUACCUCCAAGGCGGGCAGCGUUCUCAUCGGCAUCAGGCCUAGCUGCCUGCACCCGAGAGAAGAGAAAAUCGCCAUUGCGGUUCUGCUCACACUGGGCUUAAUUUUUGGUUUCAUCCCGUACCCGGUCAUCUACGGUGCCAUCAUGGACACGUCGUGUCUCGUCUGGGAAGUGAACUGCGGCGCGCGCGGCAACUGCUGGCUCUACGAUGCGGCCACCUUCCGCUACCUGUUGCACGGCGUCUCCAUGGGCUUCAUCGCGCUCGGCGCGCUCUUCAGCCUCGCCGUGUACGUGUUCGGUCGCCACUCGUGCCAGCUGCGGGUCGACCAGGACAGCGCAGACGAGGACGAGGACGUGGUCUUCAUGCGUCACAUCGGACACCCCGGCAUAACGCACUCCACGUGACUCUGCGUUCGUAGUGCCCGCGCAUGCGCGUUGUUUCCGCAACUUGACCCUCCUGGAGGAGCUCGUCUUGCUUCGUAUCUCGAACCACAAAGCUGGCUUUGCACGCCCACGGGUUACGGCUGGACUGCACGUGACGUCAUUGGCAUGUUUACAAGAG